AGUCGCAUUUGUAUUGUGGUGUACUUGACGCUGGUGCGGUAAAGUUGAGUGUAGAAAGUCAUCCUCUAGUGGCCCUGGAGUAGGAGAGGAGUUGAGUAAGUUUCAUACAUCGUUUCUGCCGGAUAAGAAACUUACUUUUGUUUACCGUCCGAGGCCACAUCGCCGUGAAACAUGGCUGCUCUCUCAGCCUGGUUUUGGAACGAGAGGUUUUGGCUGCCACACAACGUAACCUGGGCGGAUCUGGCAGACCCAGCGCCCGGGGUGGAGUAUCCUAAAGCUGGACACUUGCUUUCUGCUUUGCCGCUGGCUUUGGGGAUUUUCUUCGUCAGGAUACUUUUCGAGAGAUUUAUUGCCAGCGCCUGUGCCCGGAGUCUCCACAUACAGGCGGAUGUUGGACGACGAGCUCAGCCCAAUGCAGUGCUGGAGAAAGUGUUUACAUCUAUCACAAAGAGCCCAGACUCCCGCCAUCUGGACGGGCUGUCUAAGCAGCUGGACUGGGAGGUGCGCAAGGUCCAGCGUUGGUUCAGGCACCGCAGGAACCAAGACAAACCCAGUACGCACACAAAGUUCUGUGAAAGCAUGUGGAGGUUUACAUUUUAUCUGUGCAUAUUUACCUAUGGGAUAUGUUUUCUCUGGCAGUCACCUUGGAUGUGGGAUACGCGGCAUUGCUGGUACUCUUACCCCUAUCAGGUCCUGACUCCAGGGCUUUACCACUACUAUGUGACAGAGCUGGCCUUCUACUGGUCACUCAUGUUCUCGCAGUUCACCGACAUUAAAAGGAAGGACUUCCUGAUCAUGUUCAUCCAUCACCUGGCUACAGUGAGCUUGAUCAGCUUCUCCUAUGCUAACAAUAUGCUGCGAGUGGGGAGUCUGGUCAUGUGUGUCCACGACGCCUCUGACUUCCUGCUAGAGGCAGCCAAGCUGGCCAACUAUGCCAAGUACCAGCACUUAUGCGACUUCCUGUUCAUUGUGUUCAGUGUGGUAUUCUUUAUCACACGGCUCAUUAUAUAUCCAAUAUGGAUCCUGAACACCACUCUGUUUGAGAGCUGGGCCAUCAUCGGGCCGUACCCGUCCUGGUGGCUCUUCAACUCCUUACUGCUGGUCCUCCAAGUGCUGCACAUCAUCUGGUCCUACCUCAUAGCCCAUAUAGCCAUCAAAGCCAUGCUGCGGGGCAAGGUGUGCAAUGAUGUCCGCAGCGACAUCGAGAGCAGCUCAGAAGAAGAGGCAGAUACACCCAAAGAAGGCCUCAAAGCCUCCACUUACACUACUAAAGGAGAGAAUGGCACCAACGGCCACUGCGCUGCCACCAAAGCCAUAGCACAGAACCACAGCAGCUGGUGACAUGCAGCUGCACGCUGGGAGCCCCCUGCAGCUUAACCCCCAAAACAUCAUGAAGAGCUUUUCUGUCUUAUUAUUAUUCCCUGGACACUGAAGGCUCUGCCUCCCACUCUCUCACACACACAAACACACACUGCAUCUCGUAUCACACAGUACACUUACAGUGAGCACACACAGAUGUGUUGGGAAACAGUUGACUGAUAUGCACACACUGACUAAAGGCUGUCCAGAGCCCUGUAACGACCUGUACGACACAACUCAGAGGUGACAUGUAAAACUGAAAAAAAAAAAAAAAAAGAUUAAAAAAAUCAGUUGAAGAAAAUGUUUUGCAUAGCUUUAUAUUUUCAA